AUGGCGACCAGGGGGGUAUUUGAUAGCUCGAUGGACGAGGAUGUCUCUCUUGAGAAUAUGGGAUACCAGCAAGAGUUCAAACGAUCAUUCAGUUUGUUGGAUAUGGUGGGGUUCAGUUUCAGUAUUGUGACCUGCUGGACAGCCUUAAGUGGCGUCUUCAUCAUUGGCAUCCAGGCAGGUGGCCCACCGGUCAUUAUUUUCGGCUGGAUCGGGGUCUGUGUGUUUACAAUGCUCAUUGCCCUUGCGAUGGCUGAGAUGUGCUCGCGCUGGCCAGUGGCUGGAGGCCAAUACUCGUGGGUGGCCAUGCUCGCACCGCCUCGCGUUUCCCGGCAGCUGUCAUAUAUUACUGGGUGGUUUAUGCUGACCGGAAUUCUCGCCAUGGGCGCGGUCAACAAUUCCUUUGGUUCGAAUUAUAUCCUGGGCCAAGUCAACCUGAUCUUCCCGGUCUUCGUUAUCGAGCGGUGGCAUACCGUGUUGGUUGCCUGGGCCGUGGGGCUAUUUUCUCUCGCCAUCAAUGUAUUCGCACCGCACGCUUUGCAUCGUCUGUCUCGCUUUAUAUUAGUGUGGAACAUCACCUCGUUCAUUGUUGUGAUCACCACCCUCUUAGCAACGAACCAGCAGAAGCAAGAUGCAGACUUUGUAUUCCACGAGUUCCGGAAUAUGACCGGCUUUGGCGCUUCGACGGCCACUAUAGUUGGGAUUCUACAAAGCUUUUUCGGCAUGUGCUGCUACGAUGCACCGAGCCAUAUGACAGAAGAGAUGACCCACGCCAGUCGAGAUGCACCUAAAGCGAUUAUCAUGUCGGUCAUCAUAGGGGCUGUAACUGGACUACUCUUCCUCCUGACACUGUGCUUUUGCAUGGGUGAUAUCGAAGCAACGGUCAACUCAAGCACCGGGGUUCCCGUCAUCCAGAUAUUCUACGACUCAACCCAAAGCAAAACUGGGACCUGCAUUUUGGCGAGUAUGAUCACCGUCAUCAUCAUGGUCACGUCUAUUAGUCUCGUCGCUGAGGGAUCGCGAUCAGUAUACGCGUUUGCGCGAGACCACGGGCUACCAUUUUCAGCCUUGUGGUCUCAAGUUGAGCCGAGGAAGAAAAUACCUCUUUACGCCAUUUUUCUCACUGUGGCAGUGCAGUUAGGUUUGAACGCGAUCUACUUCGGCACGGAGACGGGGUUUGCAACGGUGAUUUCGAUAGCCACCACGGGCUUUUACGUUUCCUACAGUCUUGUACUGUUUGCCAGACUACUUGGUUAUUUCUUCUGGCCCCAACCUUCCUCCUUCAUUGGACCACAUUCAUUGCCGCUUCCGCUGUCACUCGGUUUCAGUGCGAUAGGUCUGCUAUUUCUGUUAUUCGCCUCUAUUACAUUCAAUUUUCCAUCUGAUGCUCCAGUCACCUCCGAAUCAAUGAAUUACACCAGUGCAGCUAUCGGGAUUUUGACAUUGCUCAGCCUGAUGACCUGGUUUACUACUGCAACAAAACGGUUUGCUGGGCCUUCUGAUGUCAGACAUUUGGUCGUCGACGGCGUAGAAAGCCCACCGACAUCGCAACCCGCGAAUAUGAAUUCUUUCUUGUAG